GCAGAUAUGGCCGAAUGUGCCGUUUGGGUCGGUGGACUACCUGUGAAUGUGAACGAAAUUAUACUGUAUGACUUAUUUCACAAAUUUGGCCCUUUAAAAAAUACAGUGAUACUAAGGGAUGUUUAUGGUAGGUCUAAACAGUGUGGUUUCGUCAAUUUCUUAUCGCAAGAGGCCGCCGAACUUGCAGCCAGAAAAAUGAACGGAUGUGAGAUUUUAGGUCAGACGGUGAAAACGAAAGGACCCAGGGAACUUUUAGCGACAAGAAGAUGUACAGAUACUGUGCCAGAUGAAGCUGUAAAUUUAGAUAGGAAGGACUUCAGAGGUCUGACCGACUGCGUAUUUUUCAUGGAAGGCCGCCAGUGUUCUCCGAAAUCAGGAGAGUGUCCCUUCCGUCAUUGUGUUGCAGCCCGGAAAACUAGCGAUUUGUGCGACAAGUGGAUAAAAAAACAAUGUACAGAAGUGUUUUGCUCGAAGCGACAUCCUAAACUUAUCAAAAAUCGAUCAGAUCAUCUAUUUAAAGUAGUACCAACCCGCUGUCCCUCCCAUAAUGCAUUCAAAUGUACUGGUGAAUGUGGCUUUGAUGACUGUAGCACUCACUUCAUGGAACAAGAUGCAUUGCAAGAACAUGUCAACAGAGGACGUGAGAAAAAGUUCACGUUGAUGUCAUCUUGUUCCCAGUGCAAGGCCAUUUUCUUUAGUGAAGAAGAAAGGCAACAGCAUUCCUGCCUAAAUUCCACGACAGAACCCUUACCUGGACGUUGUCCAUAUAGAUAUCCUUCCUCCAAUUUGAAUUUUAAUCAGUCUUCAAGUUUUCAAUUCAAGAGGAACAGCCCAGUAAUGUUUACAAAUGCUUCGCCACAGAAUCUCAUCAAACCUCAACAGUUGCAUAAGAAUCCUAGCGCAUCCAUACCAAGUGGUCAGGUAACUUGUGGGAAAAAAUUAUGUGACUGUUCGAAGAAUUGUGGAACUGUUGGGUUAACCAACAAAGUUAAAGAGACAUUUUGUGUUUGCUCCUCUUGUGGGAUAAGCUAUGAAAACUCUGGGGAUUCCUUGAGUGAUUUUGACUUGUCUGUUGAUUCAGCUGGUAUUGGUGGCCACAAAUGUCCCAAUUCACCAUCUGUUCGAGGACUCAUCAGUGAUGCAGAUGUUUUGACAUCCAAGAGCUCUGUAACUGGCUCUCCUAGUCAAGCCUCAACAAUUCCAGAAGCUGAGCCAAUUGGAGUUUUCUGGGAUAUUGAAAAUUGCCCAGUUCCACGUGGGAAAUCAGCAUCUGCUGUUGUUCAGAAAAUAAGGAGGGAGUUUUUCACUGGAAAGCGUGAGGUUGAGUUCAUGUGCGUUUGUGAUAUCAGUAAGGAAAAGAAGGAAAUUAUUGAAGAACUUAACAAGGCUCAGGUAACUGUAGUUCAUAUCAAUGCCACUUCAAAGAAUGCAGCUGAUGACAAGUUAAGGCAAAGCUUGCGAAGAUUCGCACAAUCAUACCUUCCCCCUGCUACUGUUAUUUUGGUGUCUGGGGACAUUAAUUUUGCUGCAGAGCUGUCAGAUCUACGUCAUCGGCACAACUUCCAGGUGAUAUGUCUUCACAAUGCCCAAGCCCAGGAUGCUUUGCUGGCAUGUGCUCAUGAGACAAAAAGAUUUGAUCGCUUUACUGCUGAUCUUCCUGUUGUAUUCACUCCAAAGGCUCCUGAGGAGAAUGGCUUAUCCUCAGAGCUUCUUGUCCUCAAUCUUCCAAUGGGAAAAGAUGUUGCUCAAGUCAGAAACAGACUGAAAAAACUUUCUGAUAACUGUGGAGGGAAAGUUGUGAGCAUCUCUGGGCAUACGUCAAUUCUUAGGUUUCCAAACCCUGUUAGUGCUGCAAGGGCGAGACGAAGAAUGGAUAAAGAAGACGUGUUCGGUUCCACAAUCCAAGUGUUGUAUUCCACAAGCAGUCAUCAUUCACAAAGCCCACCGAAAAAUAAGAAAACACGGCCAGUGGAGAAUGCUGGUGAUUCUGUCAAGAGCAGAGAUACUUGUAUGUCUCCAAAAUCUACAGCCAGCACCCCACAGAAAGGAAAACAAGAUUCUAGUUGUGCAUUGCUAGAUACUUUAAAUAUUGAAGACACAAUCCCAGCCACGAAUACUCUGAAGAAAGAGGGCAAAACCAGCCAAACACCAACAGAUGAAAGUCCCGACUCAGGGGACAGCACAGAAGAAAAUGAUGGCAAACCAGGACCCUCCCUUUUGUCUUCCACUGCCCAACAGUUUGUUAGCCAUCAAACUAUGUUCAGUAAUGGCUCCUACACUGGCAUAUGGCCACACUCUAUUUACCCAAACUUCAUGAAUAUUCCAACACAAGGAGCAAGUUUUCCAGGAAUCACUCCUCUUGCCCCACCCAUGAUGGGUGCACCACACCUUACAGCAUCAUGGCUAGCCAGCUUGCAUAACUUUACAGUGUUAGACCAGCAGCGGGGGGGAGUUGACUUACUUGUCACUAAUUUGGAUGAAAAUGUUAGCAAGAAAGAACUGAAAAAGAAAUUGGCAUCUGUGUUUAGAGAGCACUGUAAGGUAUUGUCUGUUAUUCUUCAUAGUGGAGAAGGCAUACCUUUGAGAGCUUUUGUUAAAGUUCCAAAACUGUCUGACGCCCGCCUGGCCAUCUGCAAAGUUCACCAGAAGAAAAUCUUUAACACCUGUGUGACGGUCAACAUAGCCACAGACAAAGAGAAAGAACUCUGCUUCUUACGCUGUGAAGUAACUUCUAUACUGAAAGAGGCUCCUUUACAUUUCUUACCACUAAACAAGUUCCUGAGUGAGUUCUACGAGAAGUGUUCUCGAGCGUUUGAUAUGACCUCCAUCGGACUUAUCCACGAUCUGGUUGUUCUGACUGGCAAACCUGGUAAUCAAGCGAUAAGUCUGCUAACUCGAGCCAUUGGCGGCGUAAGAGUGUCUGUGGAGCCUGACCAGUUUGCAAAAGAUGUCCACACUCUUCUAAAAUCUUGUAAAGGAUCUUUGCCAUUGGUUAGCUUUGCUGCAUCCUACUGGCUAAACUUUGAUAAGAAGAUAGAGUCUAACGACCAAGGGUCUGCUCUUUUGGAAGUUCUCAACUGCGUUCCAAAUGUCAAGGUCUCAGAGUCUUUGAUGGUGUCAUGGGCUAAGCAAGCUCUUAAACAUGGUGGGAAUGUAAGCAAGCUUCUUGAAUUCAGUAAAGAUCUUCAGGAGUUAUUACAGAUGCAGGAGGAAUUUAAACUUCCCCUCAGUUCACUAAUCUCCGAGUAUCAAUUGUGGUUUGAAAAGAAGACGCCAUUCGAUCCAGCUGUCUAUGGAUUCACUUCGGUUGUUACCCUCCUGGAAGCUUUGCCAGCUGUAGCAGAGGUUACGCAACAAGGCAAAGAAAGAUGGCUAGUCCUUUCACAACGCUUGAAAAUCAAAGUCUUCGCGAAAAAUGUCAAAAUGCUCUUGGCAAGUCAACCAGAUCACGCAAUUGCUUUGGGAAACUUUGUGUCAACCUACAUGAAGUACCUCGGCCAGAAAUGCAAGAUUGCAACAUUUGGGUUCUCCAAGCUGACAGACUUGAUUGAAGCUGUGCCCGACAUCGCUAAGAUCCAAGGAACUGGAGAUCAGCGGUUGAUUUGUUUGGUGGAGAAAGACAAGAGCUCCAGGCCUGAGAAGCAAAGUGAAAAGCAGGCUUUAGUCAAAGAACUCAAAGAGCUAUUGUCCAGCUGUGAAAACCAGAGGCUUCCUGUUGCCACAGUACUUGCUCGAUACUAUCAACAUUUUGGUCGACUGCUCAAGAUUGGGGAUCAUGGUGCCCAGCGUCUUGAAGACCUGGUGGAAAGUUUACCAUCACUACAGAUCAUAGAGAUAUCAGGGGAAAAAUACCUGACCUUCCCUUCCAAAGUCACAGUGCAGUCUUUGCGAAAAGACCUGGUAGAGCUACUGGAACAACAGGACGGCAAAUUUCUGCCAAUUUCUCGCCUUGUUUGCACUUUCCGUAAACACUACAACCGGAAAUUUCCCCUGGGACAAGCCAAGUUUGAGGAAUUUCUUCGAUGUUUGGAGGGAGAAGUUAAGGUCAAAGGAUCCGCGAAUGAUAGAAUUCUACUCCUUCCACUUUUGCCAGCGAAAGAUAAACCUUCUCCCAGGUUGCAACUUCUUAGUGAUAAAAUCACUAAAUUACUACUGAAGUAUCCUGGCUGUAGAGUGGCCGAGUUUGCUUUCGCUGAUAUCUUCUUACGGGAGUAUGGACAAAUGUUAAAGCCCAAGGACCUGGGCUUCACUUCAAUGGCCUCGUUAAUACAAGCACUUGGAGAUGUUUUAGAGGUCCAAGGCAGCGGCAACAUGGCAGCUGUUUGCCUUAAACAUGAACAUCUUCUGGAGGAGUUUUCACGUCGUGUAAUUCAUGUGUUAACCGAACAGUCGGAUAAAAGUAUUCCCAUGUCCAAGUUCACAACUGCUUAUGAGGAACUUUGUAACCACGAGCUGCGCGUACAGAACUUUGGUUUUGCGUCACUUGAAGAUAUGUUACAUGCAGUUUCACCCGUAGUUAAGGUCGAUACCAAGGAAGACAAACUGACCUUGACACCGCUCCAGACUUUCGCUAUCGAAGCAAGGGAUCUUCUUAAACAUCUCAGAGGAUGUGUUUCUCUAAACCGCUUUGCGCCAAACUUCCAGCAGUUGUAUGGUCGACCAUGCAAGGCGUCUGAUUACGGCUAUAGUCGCGUAUCGGAAGUGAUAGACGCAGUGUCCAAUGUGGCUGAAAUACGAGGCAAGGGCGCUGAGAAGAUGGUUGUCUUGGUCGAUGGGGACAACGUGAGUCUGCUUGGACGCAGGGAUACAGAGCAGAUGAAAGCUGGGACGAAAGACUGCGGUUUAAGUGACUCGACUUCUGUUACAGUGGAGGAAGAGGAGGAGGUUGAAGUGAUCAUUGACGAGAAAGACGAAGAGGAUUUGAUAAUUCUUGAUGGUGAAGCCUCCAGCACCUUCCCAGACCAGACUGUGACCGAUGAUUGGCUGAUGGCACCAGUGCCCGAAACUCUUCCAGCGCCGGAGCUGCAGCCCGCUGUUCCCGAGCCACCUCCCGUUGGAGAUCUGAUAUCCUUCACCGAGUUUGACAUGGAGAUGCUGCUGGAAGUGUUAGAUGACGCGGGGCUUUCUGACUCUCCGGGAGGUGACUUGACUGAGUUAUUAGCAGAUUCCAAUGAACUUUCAGGAGAAUACAACGGAGCAAGGUCGCCACAGGCUAGCCUCUCUGACAGGCUUUCUCCUAACGGUAAGCCCUCGUCGUCCAGUUUAGAUCUCAAAGAUUUGGAGUUUACCUUUGUAUCUCCGGCACGUGAAAGGAAUAAAACACAAGUGCAGGCGAGUCCAUCUCCUCGUAAGGGUGGGGUUCUGUUCCUCUCCGAAGUGGAAGCUGAUAUCCUGUCUGACUGUCAGCCGGAGACUGAAUUUGCAAGAAAUCUCGCCACGUCAUUUGGAGAAGAAGGAGUAGAAAAACCCGUUGUACAACGAAAGAGUUCUGAUGAGAACAGGAGAGCUAAACCAAGGAAGUUCUCUGCUCCGAAAGUCAAGUUAGCUGUUAAUUUCAGGAAGACAACAAACAAAUGAAAACUCCUGUGACCAAGAGCCAGUGGUAACAAAGUUGGUUAACCUGUGACCAAGAGCCAGUGGUAACAAAGUUGGUUAACCUGAUUCUAUUUUCGAGUAGUCUAGCUUUCGUAGAUGUUUCUUUCCUACUUUUUUUUGGUUAUUGCAGAUUUCUGUUUUAUCUUGGCGGGGUACAGACGUAUGGAUCUUGUUUGUAGAAGAUCCGCUUGCCUGGAAGGAGCUAAAAAGUUUGAUAGUAUAUUUUUCGUUUAACUUAGGCAAUCGACCAUGUACUAUGUGCCUCUUGGUUUUACUUUCACGUAUAUUGGUUUGUCUGGAAUUGCUUAUGUCAGAUUGAAAUUUUAGUACAUUAUUUCCUCGAUUCUUUAAUGGUAGAAUAUGCUUAGUCCUUCCUUGUCUUGCAAUUAAGAUUCUCGGCAGAUUUCUCCUUCUCUUUGAUACAAAUUGGACAGAGAGAACUAAAUCUGUUUUGUUUUCAAGAUAAUAUUUUUCUUAAGUAAGAGUGAUUCCUCCUCGGUGAAGUGUCAGUAAGAAAUUAAAGAAGUAGUUUAAAGGGCUGUAUUAUUUGACCUAGUGAAGUGGAACAAUAAUUGUUGUGCAUCGUGAACUAAGGAAGACGUUGUAAAGUAUUUUUCUUUCUAUUUCAUUAUUACCCGGAAAUUUUUCCUCCAUUCUUUUAGGAAUACACUCAGGCGGUGAUUAGCAUUUGCCCAUGAACUCAUUCCUUAAGAAAAGCUGUUGUUUCACAAAACACUGAAACAGAGGUGGACGAUUGCUUCCAGAUAUGACACAACUCAAAGCAAUUUUUGAGUAUAGGGUUGAUAUUUGGUGACUUCGCAUUCCCAAUGCAUGGUCUUAUGAUAGAGUUCUCAACCUGAGCUGCGUGCAGAAAUGUUGUUUAUGUGUUUUCGUUCAUUAUUUCCACCAAUUAUUCCUUCGGGAAAAUGUUGGCCUGAUAAUUUUCUUUCAAGCCUGUUCGUUAGCCAGCAGGCAGAUCCUUUGAUGUGAUUUGACGAUAUGGGACGUCCCAUUGACGUUAUCAGUGGGUGUUUUCCAGUCCUUUCCGAGUCAUCAAGGAUGGUGGCGUGUUAGUGUUUGUGUUGUUUAUGUCAGUGUUGAAACGCGCGUGGCUUCAUGCUUAACUACUACAUGGGAUGAUGUCAUUUGGGGCAGAACGAGAGUACGGUACGUUAGAUUGUAUUAGAUACAGAAGGACGACUUGUUGGAGGGUUUUGCGAUACUUGAACCUUGACAAUAGAAGACCAAAGGAUCAGCAUCUCCAUGUUCUACCCAUAAAAAUCUUGUAGACGUUACAGAUUAAACAGAUCAACGACAUGUCCAGAUGCUGAAUACAGAAAAUGGAUUAUAGACCCAUACCGAUGGUAAAAAUGACGAGUAAGUCGGCUCUUCGUGAGUGUUGCACAGGAAUCAAGGAAAUCAUUUUGAAAUCCAAAACAGUCAGAUUUAAAUAUUUUUCUCCAAAAAAGAUGGAGUGAUGUUUAGGAUUAUUUUAUUACUAGCGUUUGUUAAGCCUGGAUCAGUUUGCAAUAUGUAACGUUGAACAGUUAGAAGGAAAAGGUUUCUUUGAUGAAAUGUCGACGAAUAUAUAUUGAAUGCAGACAAGAAUUGGACGAACAUCACAGCGUGGUUCUUGCGCUUGCCUGGCUUUUUUAACAGAUUUAAAAGACGUAAUCGUUACAAAUGAGAAAGAUAGAGGGAGAAACUCUGAAUACAAGGCGAAAGGUGGACUUAAUUUAUCAGGAAUUUUGUGUCAGCAACGCUCCCCAUGAACUUGCGACAAGAGAAAAGAGGAAGGAUAUUGGACGCUCCAUAGAGAAAUUCUACGCCUGCAGAAAAGAAAAAAAAAAGUGGUUAGAAGCUGGUUUUUAUAGUGUAGUACUCGAGCUCGAAAUAAAUAGUUUUGUUUUCAAAUUAUGUACGAAGGAGAGGGAAUAUUUCUUUCGUUUUUAUAAAUUCAGUGGGUUUCGAUUUUCUCUGACUGAAAUAGCAGUAUGAGGGAAGCUCUCGGAAUUCAGUUGCUCGUCUCAUACUUUCAGUGGACAGUGGCAUAAUUAGAGUGAGACGAAGACCUCGGAUGUUGAGAAUCAUGGCAGUACAACGCGGCUUUUAUCAGAGAGGGAAAGUACAAAUGUCCAGUUCUCUUUCUCCAGUCAAAAGAAGGAAAAACUCUUCGUCAAACUGCUGGACUGUUCCUAGAUAUAAAAAUAUUAUUCACACGAUACGUAACGCUGAUUUACAUUUCACAUCUUGGAAACAAAGGCAACCGACGAAAGCAUUUUCACAAAGAUCUCGCAAACGAUACUUGUGGUCCUUAACCCCACAACAGUAAUAAAGAAAACAUUUGUGAUAACUGGCCGUGGAAAACAUCAACUGGAAACUGUGAAGUAAAAGAUGAAAAUUUGACAGAAUGAGUAAGGAUUAUAUUGGGCUACGUCAGCGAAGAAGUUUUUAUGUUCAUGCAAAUACCAGUAUGUUUAAGAUAUUCGUACCACUCAGUUUUAAGAUUAUGACGACAACAUCGAAAAAAUUUAGUCUGCUAGUCUUACAGAUACCAGCUAGCAGACAAAGAGGAGAAAGUCUUUAUUCACGUAGGAGUUGUCGAAUUUUUAAGCUAAGGCCUUCGGGACUAAGCGAACAGUAGUUUUUUCUUUUGAGUCGCGUCCGAAAGAUUCCACUUUUCCUUUCGAAGAAGCUGCCCUAAUUUGAGUUACUUUUACUCUUAUCGGUCCAAGGCGCUUAGGGAGCACACCAAUCCAUUAUAUUUCAAAUUUGAUUAAGUCACGUUGAAAUAUGAGACUGAAAUAUGAGACUGAACCCUGUUAAUCAGAAAACUGUGAAGGAGCUGCGCACGAAGAGGACCCCAAAAAGUUACACGACCUUGUUGAGGUACUUCGCAAAUAAAGUUAGACAAGCAUGAAGAUGUGUAAAUAAGAGAUUGAUGAGAAGAAAAACUGGAAAGGAAGCCAAUUUUCAACAGCUAUAUAUAUCCUAAUUGAAAGGUUUGGUCUCUGCCAACGACCCAAAUAAAUGGACGGCUCGGAAAAAUUAAUGGAGAAUCAUCUGAACUUAGAUCUGCCUUCUUUGGCGAGGCAUUAUAAUUUGUAUUGAGUGAGUGAGGUUUGGGUCAGUAUAGAGUCCUCGUUCAAUCCACUGGAGAAGUUCGGAAAAUUCAAUUAUGUAAGUUGGAACUGAGAUAAAAAAUAGUCAAAGAUAAUGCAAACACUUUGCGGAAACUGUUGAAGACGUUCCGUUUUGUAUUUCAAGCGUGGAAAUAGACGUUGAUGUCAAAGAAGGAAAUUAAGGAAAAAUGAUCAUUUCAACGGAAUGCUUUUCUAACUACCAGGCAUGGUAAACAAGAACACAAGUAAAGACAGGGAAUUUUCCAAGUCUUGCUAGUUCCGGCGAGAGGGGCAUCCUGAGAGUCGAGAGUUUACAGCAAGUAUUGAAUAUGGACAGUCAUGCUGAGAGGAAUUGUUUUAAAAAAAACUUAUUUCACUAAGCGGUUGUUGAGUUUUAGCAUGAAUGAGGUUGAGAACAUCUAUUAAAGCGAUGCAAAUUCAAUCAUCCCGCGAAUGGGGCAUUUUUGUGCUUAAACUUCUUGCUAACGGCUCCUUCGGGAUGAAGGGCCCAAAUUACCUCAGCUCCUUUCAGGUGGACAAAGUAUGAAUUCAUUCACGGGGAAUUAUACUUGUUCAUGAAUCACGGCAUUACAAAUAUUCUUCUUGGCUAUGAGUCUUUCCAGCGAAUUUCGGCUUAGUAUUUUCUCAGAACUCGAUACUCAUGGUGAUUUUGUGGUUGGAAUUCUUCACUUUACUGCUAACCGGUUCAUGUUUCCACUUAAGAAAAAUAAAAAGAAACCGUAGUCAAAUAAUGCAGCCCAAAUAGCCUUUCUCCGUGACUAUCUCUUCUGUAGUUUAUUGUUCGUAUUUUUUCCUAACCGAUUAUAAUAUCAGUUGCAGAUAAUUUGCAUAGUUUUGUUUUACUGUUUAAUAACUAAACUAUAAGUUAUUUGGUAUGUUAUAGUUACGAAGGUAGUUUUGAUGUCUUACCUCUGGCUCAGUGGCAAAUUAACGACUUACGUUUAUUAUUUCGUUAUUACAAAGAAAUACUUUCCCUUUUACAUUAGUUGUUUGUGUGAAAGAAGGAACUUGACUAUCGUGGCGUUCAGUGUCUGUCUCAAUAAACUUCCUUGUUUGAUGAAA